CUUGCUCAAUUUCACCGUGACCAUCAGUCCACCACCACACCGCCACACGCAUACUCCACCAGUUAUAUAAAUAAUAUCUAUAUCUAUCACAAAGUCGUUCCGUUGAUAAAAAUGGCAGCCGGAAGUACUAGCACAAACGUGCCGUGCCCUCACGUAAUCGGGUCAACAGUAGUGGAGCUUUCUAGAAACAACCGGACCUUAGCUCCAUCUCAGCUGGCUCGUAUUUCUUGUAAAAACAGCGCCAAUAACGGACUUCCCAUAAAAGGCGGGGACCGAAGGCUGACGUCAUCUAGAUCAUUAGGAGUUGAAGGACCUUCUUGUUUAUUUGUUGGUCCAAUUGAAAGCGCCAGUCAAGAAACACUUGAAGCCCUGUAUCGUCAAGCACGGGAUGCUUAUUAUAGUGGAAAACCAUUGAUAGUUGAUGACAUGUUUGAUAGGGUAGAGUUAAAGUUGCGGUGGUAUGGUUCGAAGUAUGUUGUCAAGUAUCCACGUUGCAGUUUAAGGCAACAGUCAACUUAUGCGGAUGCUGAGGAAGAUCCUGCUCAGGUUUUUGCAUUAGCAAGUGUGUGGUUAUUGUUUCUUGGAUUUGGAAGUUCAGCUUGUCUAGUGCCUGUUGUCUACACUAUUGGUCAAGCCUUCAAAGAUGCACUAGAUUCUGGAUUUGCCAUGAGUAGUCAAGCUCCAGUGAUUGAAUUUUUCGCCAUGAUGAAUGGCAUGCUUGUAAUGAUGCUGGGUUCCUUGAUAGGCUAUCCAGUUGCCACCGCUUCUGUUGGAGCACUUCAAGGCCUUUGGAAAAAUGACUUGGUUGCAAUUAAAGGUGCAUGCCCAAAUUGCGGGGAGGAGGUAUUUGCUUUCGUGAGAUCGAAUAAGUUCAAUUAUUCCCCACAUAAAGCUGAAUGUCAUGUGUGUGAAUGCUUAUUAGAAUUCCGCACCAAAGUUGAGAGACCCAUAGCAAGACCAGGGAAAAGAUGGGUUUAUGGUCGAAUAUAUUUGAUACGAAGAAGACGAAUGAACAGAGAGCAAAGAUGGACUUAAUAAACUAAUUUUCGAAUAUCAUGAUUCUUUGGUCAUUUGUAUUUUUAGACAAAGCUAAUGGUCUCAAGCAAGUGCUUAUAAAACUAGCAAGAUAUUUGUAAAAUGUGCAUGGUAGCUAUGAUAUCCUGUAAAUAUAAAUUACAGGACUCAGUUGAAACUCUAUGGAAAAAAUUGAGUUUCGAAA